AUGGACGUCUUCUACACUUACUCUUACGGAUCUGCCUCUUGGUUGGCUCUCCAAGCUGCUCCAUUGAUUGUAUCUCCUACAAUAAUUAUCACUCUACUCUCUCCUGAUGUCAGAGAAGCUACUCCUCUCGAGCAAUACUUCUCCCGCUGCUUGGGACUGACGCUGUUAACCCUCGGGAUCAUGAUCGUGCUCCUAACAGGCUCAGUCCCCCUUACCUCUUCGAUCUCCGAUACCACAAAUGCCGCUGUCACAACCGAUGCUUCAGACCCAAAAGCACCAUACGCGGUACCAGUUUUGACAAUAAGCUUUGUGUACCACUCUGCCAUGGCAUUCUACUGCUAUGCCCGCUACACUGGCUCGGGCCAGACACCCUUCGUCCUGGGAGCGAUUGGUUCAGGUGCCCUGGCUUCCGUCGGAUUGUGGUGUAUUCUGUUUGCCUCGACGUCUGGGAGGAUCAGCAGGAAGACGGGUGCGGAUAAGAGGACCAGUGGGUUUCCAUUUGCAUCGAAGGAGUCUGCGUCUGCCAAGAAGAGACAGAUGGGAAAGGCGAUUUAG